AUGCAUGCAGAAUCCUCCCAAGAAUGGAAGUGCCAGUGUGGCCUUCCCGGUGUUCGUCUUUCCACAAACCCCGGCACAUCGAACAGCCGCGCCUACUACAAGUGUGUCCCAUGCAACCGCUUCCUAGGCUUCUGCCCCUGCACUACACCAGGCGGCAGGACGACCUCAACAUGCCCUUGCAAUGAGCGCCGUGGCUCCUCGUCAAGUCUUGACGAGGUCCCUCGUGGCAUGCCCAUCUUCUCUUCCGACAAGACAAGUUUCAACCCCCACAACCCUGAGCCCGGCUUUGAUGUCGACUGGGAGGCAAAUUGCAGCCCGGGUUUCAUGGUUGCUCGGUUCAAGGCCCUUGGCCCCAACGACUGUUAUUAA